AAUCCCAGUGCGAGCUGAGAUCUGCGAGCUAAGCGAACAGUGUUUACGUUUGGCGCAGGAAGGGAUGAGGUUUCUUGUGUGCGUUCUGUGGGUGUUUGAGGUCAGCCGUGCCGUCGCCCAGUCCCCUUCAACGACUGCCAUUCUUGGGGAGAGCGAUGGCAUCCUAUCUGACCUCAGCGUGACGCUGUCAGCCCUGAUAAACAAUGAGAAGGCCGCUGGCGAGAAGACAGCGGCAUGGUGCUCCAGCCAGCGAGACUUCCUCACUGCAAAGAGAACACAGCACGUCACACUCAUCGACGAACUGGCCGCAACCAUCAUCGCCAAGACGGCAGAGGUUUCCCGGCUCAAGAGUGAGAUUCGCUCCGUUGAGGCAUCCCUGGCCGACGCCCAAACGUCCUACGACAGCGCUGUGAGCGUCCGGCGGACAGAGCGGCAACAGUAUGAGGGUGACCUCAAGAGCGCAACGAGUACCAUAGCCGCCCUGACUUUGGCAAUUGGCCAUGUGGAGAAUCGCACCAUUAUCGAGGGAGGGGAUAUACCGUCGGCCUCUGCAGGUGUCAGCCUGGGGCAGGUUGGCCGGGAGACAUCGCCCAAGCAGCUGCAGGUCUAUGUGCAGGCGGCUAUUAGCCUGCUGGACCAGCUGCGAGCCGUUUCGUCCUCCGUGGUCGACAAAGAGCCACAGCACCACCUGCGGCCAGUAUCCUUUCUUCAGCUGGCUCUCAAAGGCAAGGCGGGGCGGCACCCAGCACAUCAUCGAUUCAAGGACAGGAGAGUCAGUGUGACCAUUCAUUCCAAGCUGCCGCAGCUGCUCACAGCCGUGUCAAGAAUUGUCAGCGAGAUCUCACGGCCGAGAGCCCCUCAGGAGCUGCCUUCGCUGCCCUUUGUGAGUCGUCUGACUGGGCAAUGUGAAAUGCUAGAGGCGUUCCUGCAGGAGCUGGUCAUGCAGCUACCGCUGUUCGAAUUGGGUCAGGAGGAGCAGUAUGUGCGGGGGAUGGGCAGGACGCAUCACCUAACGGAAAGGCAGCACUUUGGCCUCACAUUCUUCCAGCGGGAACAGCUCGAUCGCAUCAAACAGGUGCGACCAAAUGUGUUUGUUGUGUGAGGCAGGUCAUUGUAAUUCAUCUUGUUGUCUGGGCCUGCAGGUAUCUCGGGCUCUUCCCACUGCCAUCCAGCGCCUUCAUCAGCUGCAGCAGCUGUCCACCUUUCCCGUCCCUCCCCCGUCCCUCCAUCAUUUCGCCGAUCAGCUCCUUUCCCAAGUCCGUCUCACCCUCAUCGACCUCGGCAUGACACUAUCGCGGCUGCUACUCAAGGCCGAUGCCCACCUGUACGCCUUGGAGCGGCAACUCGUCUACAUGCCGCACACACAUGCGCCUUCUAUUUUUCAUACAACCAAGACACACAAAUUGAGCAACAGGAAAACAGCCAAAGCAGCUCCUGUCGUCGUCCAUUCCAAGCUCAACUUGGACAAUGUUCCUUCCAGCACGGCAGCCAAGUCAUCCGAGGCGCUGGAUGUGAUCCUUCAUGGGCUGAAGGAGAGUGGCGAGUUGCUGCUUCAGGACAAGCUGUUGGAGGCCGAUGCGUCUGAUGUCAAGAGGACAAUUCGGCAGCUGCAAAAGGCGCGGAGUGCAUUAGCAAGGGGAGUCGCCGGCAGCCGAUGCAUUGCGGAUGUGCGCAAGACCAUCAGCAGGGCGGCAGCCCUCUUUCUGUCGCUCGCUCGGGAUGGCGCUGACGGACAGACCGACGACACUGAUCCCAAACUCAUACUCAGGUGGCCGCACAAUCGAAGACCGUCACAGGUUGGAUGAUGUGUCGCAAUGCGUGUGUAUGUGUGCGUGUCCCAACAGACUCUUCAACUUGAUUGCUCUGUCAGCAGAGCUUGAGCGCGCUGCUACCCACCACCGUCCCGUUCAUAUGGAUGGCCCUGCAUCCUCCCUCACGUCUCUCAUCAAGUCCCUGCACGCCAACAUUCACGCCCUCAAGCACCACAUGCAAGUCGCUGUCGAUACGUCGGUCCACCCGCUCGCCAUCAGACAGGUCAGGCACUUCAGGCACCGGCAAAAGAGCGCCAGGCGGGGAGUGAUCUUGCUUGAGGUGACAUCGGGAAGAAGAGGAGAGAGCCGGGCCGCUGAAGGUCCAGAUUAUCUUGACGCGUCUCCGACUUUCAACUCGGCGUACACGCCACAGGUGAGGUCAUGAGAUGUGUUAAUGGAAGCCAUAGGGCUGUGUACUUGUGUGUUGUUUGCAGUCUGAUCAAAUCCUCGGCGUGUUGAAGAAUUUGAAGGACAACUUCGUCAGCGGUUUGGCUGAGCUGAAUGCUACGGAAACAAGACGACAGACUGACUUCGAGACCCUCAUAGAAUCGAAGCGAGUACGCAGACAGACACAACAGAGAAUACUGACAGAUUGGCAUCUUACUCUUGUUUGCAGGAUGAGGUGGCUUUGAUGCGGACCGACCUCCAGCGCAAGCGCCACUAUCUGGCUGAGGCACAGACCCUAUUGCACGUCGCCAGCGCACAGCGAAACACACUCAAGGAGGGCACGUCGGCAGAGGAGUCGGCCACUGUCACCCUCGUCACCAGCUGCCAGGCGCUGCAGCAGGAGAGCAACAAGAAGCUGAAGGCAACGGAGGACACCCUGUUGGCUGUCGACAUGACCCUGAAGAAGGUGCAGGGGUUGCUGGAGAGCAGCGAGGAGGCCGCCGUGAUGACCACUCCAUCCCCUUCUAUGCAAGCUGCUAUCGCUGCCGCCACUGAAGUUGCCCUUUCCGCCAACAGGCCAGCGCAGCCUGCGGCAAACAAAACACAGCUGCCCCAAUUGAAUGCAACCACACCGCAGCCAACAUUUUCUUCACCCAGCUUUCAGUUGCAUGGCCAAGCUGCGACAGUUGCCGUUCCUGCGAGCGAGAUCAGCACAAGAGCUGCGGAGACGGAAGCGUCAGCAAGGCCGCCUGGCAAUGUCAGAGGUGCGACGGCGCAAGUGGUGCUGGAGUCGGCUGGCGGCGAUGGUCAAGGCAGCAAACGGCCGUCCAUGCUGGCCAAGGGGCAGCAAGAGCGUUAUGACGCCUAUCCCGAAGCCCCGUUCCCAUACCGCCAGUAUGGCCCCCAGUACCCGCCGCCAUGGUCGUAUCAGCAGAUGCCCCAGGCAUACAUGGGGCCGUACCCUUCCCCCAACCACCGCUCUCCUUCUACGGCCCUCCUCCUCCCUUCCAACCGACCCUCACUGCCGACACGUAUAGUUAUCCCGCACCCCUUCCCCCACAGCUGCCAAGGCGACAGGCAAUGGCGCAGCCGCACCACUCACAGCCUUUCACAAACCAAGAUGCUGAGGGUAGAAAGGAGCUAUCACAGACAGCGACAGUGUAACUGUUCGCGACAGGUAGGUGCGACACGAACUCAUCUCAUCAAUCUCCUCACACACGCCUCUUUGGACAGGUGGUGCGGUGACUCCUGAAGACCAGUCCAAGGCGAGUGGUCUACCUCCCGCGCAAGCCGACCAACAGCCACCCUCUCAUCACACACAAGGAGAUCCAGUCAGCAAGGAGUCUUUUGCGGCCGAGAGCGAGGCGCGAUCCACCCAUUGGCGGCCGCCACAAGACGAUCAGCAGCAGGAGGAGGGCCAGGUGCAGGCCAUACUGCAAAGCGUCGGGCUGCCCCUGACGCCACCGACCGAGACACAAGCCACGCAGCAAAUGGAGCCUUCCGUCGAUCCGGUGCCACCAACCUCUUCGAAGCGCAUCAACAAGUGGAGGGCCAUGCUCAUGGAGCAGCCAACCAGCAGCAGCGACGGCAAGGUCUUCCAUGGCCUCAGCGACCCAUUUGCAGAGACUUCUCCGUCCUAUGGCGGUCCAGCAUCAAUGCAGCAGAGACCCUCAUCAUCCCAGCUGCAGGCGACGGCGGUCAGUGACAUGCUCAGCGGCAUCAGCCUGAUCCAGGGAAACGUCUCGGUCAGCCGCCAAGCAGCCCGAAAGUCGUCUUCGCUGGGAGUGGCCGUUGCGAGGAGUCUUUUCCAGUCCGCCGCAAGGGAAUUGGGGUCGCCGAAUAUGGACAAGCUUGCGGAUGCCGUCAUAAAGAUGUCUGAUAAGGCAAGUACAGACAAUUACAAGAUGCAUGAGCACACCAAAAUCCCUGGGUUCGUUGCUUUUAAAGGACGCGGCGAGCAUGUUGAAGGGUCUGGAGAAGACCCUGACCGACAAGCUCCAUCAUCACGCCAAUAGCACCGCGGCAACCAAUGCCUCGGCAGCCAACUCAACCAUCAUGACCGCACAUCACCAGAGCGACACAUCGAGGACACAGGAGAGCCAGCUCACCAGCCGGACGGGCGCUAACUUGACUGAAUCUGCAGCGGCAGCGGAGACGCUUGACGGCACCAGCGACAACCAAACGGUCAGCAAAAACCUGCAGGGGCAUGGCUGGGCGAUGUGUGCAGUGCAGUGCAUUGCUUGUAUGCAGAACAAGUGCAUGGCGGACAAACCUGGCGGCCAUGACGGCAUACCAAGAGGCAAAAGUCAAGUAACAUUCAGAAAAAGAAGGAAUGCCGCCAUAGGUGACGUGACCACUGUGGAUUGUUUAAUAGGUAUCUGGCGGCCAACGAGACUGUAGUUGAGGUGCGGGCAGAGAUUCAAGGUUUGAACAAGUCCCAAAGCCACCUCAUCGACCUACAGGUCCGGGCACGCGAGAGACACAAUCCAUCGGAUGAAGUUUCCUGGAUUUUGUUGCUCCAGGGUGUGUUCAGCGGUAUAUCUGAGAAGAUCAAUGAGGAAAUGGACGCUCUCAGCGGUGACUGCUCUACCGUCAUCACUGUCACACAAACAGCAAAGGUGGGGAACCCCGAUGUCAAAGAAAAGCCCCCAUUUGUUGCCGAUCGAUCCCCGGGUGCCAUUUCAGACAAAUGUUGACCGCAUGGUGAAUGAGGCGAAGGCCCUCGCAGCCGCAAAACCUCGUGACGCAGAGGCCGCGCAGCUGCUUGUUCUCGCCGACACGCUCGAUAACAAGGUGCCACGGAUACAUGGGUGCAUGCAACAAAUGAGUGCCGAGUGUUUCAGACGUCAGCGCUCGUGUCCCUUCACACAAAGAGCAUGCUGGCCAAUGGCCGGUGCGCCACUGUCAUGCACCUCGAUACUCUCAAGGCACAAGUGGCAGCCGCCAAAACCAAAUGGGAGAAGGCAGCGUUUGGCACACAAGAUGCGCUGGCAGCCAAGACAAGAGAGCUCGACAGUGCCCAGAGGAAUGCCACUGAGGCAGCCGGUGCCUUCGCUUUUUCCCUCCAAGUCCUCGCACACGCACAGGUGGGGAGGGAACGAGAAUUAUAUCAUUGAGUGUGCGUGCCACAAGUGUCUCGUCCUCUUGUUGUUGCCAGUCUCGAUGCGAACAGGUCGGUAUAGAGUUGCGGGCGAGGGUGGAGCGUCGGCUGACGGAGCUGCUGACGGUGCGGACGGCAGUGGCACUCAUCGAAGGCCGAGCACCGCAUAUCCCAUUGCAGCAAAGACAACAGGGCGGGGCGUGAACACCAAGCUCAGCUGACUGCCGAUGAAUGAGCGUACACGAGUGGGUGAGUAAGCUAGGCAUUUCAUUGAUGCUUGUCGAGCGCGGCUCAGCGGCCGGGCUAGACACUGCAUGACUUUUGACAGUCGAAUGGCAUGAAUGAUC